AUGAACUACAAGUAUUUGAAGAGUUGGUUCCUGAACAAGAUGCACUUUGACAUCGAUGAUUCAAAAGUGAGGGAUAUGAAAGACCCCAAGGAAAACAGGAAGAAAAUGAAGAAUUUGGUUGAUCGUUUGAGUGAAGAGCUUGCUACUACACCUGGCUUUGUCAAUAACUUGAAGGACUCUGAGUCUAUUCCGGGACUCUAUGUGUUUGGUGGGUUCUCAAAGAACAAGCUUCCCGCAAGAUUGAACUUUUUUGAUGGCAAGUUCUUGCAAGAUGUUUUGAUUUCCAACGAUUACUUGGUGGUAGUGGAUGAUCUGGGUAAGGUUUAUCAUUACAGUCCGAAAUUCAAGGAGCCAGUUGCAUUGAACAUGCCACUGAAAGUAUCUCGCGUCUUGAAAUCUGGGGAUGGAUUUUAUUACUUGUCGAAAAAUCAAAAAGAACUUUACAACGGCCCUAAACUUGACAAGCUUCCCAAGAAAUACAGAGGUUGGUUUGGCUCUUCAAGUUACAACUAUCCAGUGGAGAAGUUGAAACUUGAUGUUCUCAAUGGUGAAAAGGUGGAGCAGAUUACGGCAGGAAAAAGCCAUCUCCUCAUUCUCAGCUCUAAAGGAAAACUUUACGGUACCAUCACUUCAUCUCACUUCGAAAAUAAGGGGCAGUUUGGCUUACCAAAGUACUCGCCAUAUGAAAAGUCCCCUUCCAUUGUGCUCAACGAGAUCUACGAUUUGGCAAACAUAAACAAUGAGAUUGUUACCACCAAAGAAGGCAAGUUUAUUCGUCAAAGAACAUUUGCAACGAUUGCCAGUGGAGAGAAUUUCAAUGUCGCAAGUGAAGCAAACGGAAGUAUAUGGGCAUGGGGCGCCAAUGCAUUUGGUCAGUGUGGCAAGGACAUUACUUCGCCUGAUGAUGUGCAGCCAGUUCCUAGACUUGCGUACACAUUGGCUGAAUUGGAGAAGUUAGUGAAAUACAGUUUACCAAAGAAUGGAGCUGGUUUCAAGUACAGCGUCAAGGACGUAUUUGCAUCUAACGAGACUUCCUUUAUUCGAAUGGAGAGCACAAAUGAGGAAGACCCUUCGAAGGAUCAGGAACUCUUGCUCAGUUUUGGUGCUGGGCUUCUUGGCCAAUUGGGCCAGUCCAAAUACAUGCAUGUUGCAUCAGUUCCCUCCGUUCUUAAGUCGUUGGUCGGCCUCACUGAGUUUGAUGAGAAGGCUAAAACGAUCAAAAAUAUUGGCAUCAAGGACGUUGUUCCUGGUGGAGACCACACUUUUGUCGUUUUGGACAAUUCAGGUCCUAGCAAGGACGUUGUGGUGUUUGGAGAAAACAUCAAGGGUCAAUUCGGCAAUGGUAAGAGUGUCAAGAGCGCUAAGCCUGUUGCCUUGCCCAAGCUCAUUGAGCCUAGCGACUUCGCCGAGAAUGAGGCAGCUUCAAAGAAAAAGUUGGCAAAGAAGAUUAACAACGUCACCACUAGUCGUCUCCAGCUUCUCGACGGAGCGAAGAUCGGCAAAAAGUCUGUUGAGCAGGUCAUAGCUGGCGGCAAUGACGGGCUGGCUAUCUACUAUCGUGCUCAGUAA